AUGAAUAUAGGGGACUUGAUUCCCCAGCUAGCGGGCCUCACGUACAACCCACCGAGCUCGCUGCCGAUUAACUUGGGAGGACAGAACUUCACGCACUGCUGUCUCCGGGCGCUGAACGACUCACUUGUUUUAAGUCCGAACGGGAACUUAUCCUACUCUUCGACUUCAUUCGUAGCACCCGGCGUCUCGAUCGAGCAGCUUGAGGACGCGAUCCAGAACGAUGCGUUCCCUUGUGGUGCGACCUUCAACGGCGACCUUCGUGGCGCCCCAGUUGUCCGCAUCCCGUACUACCAGUGCACGGCACAGUGCCCAGGAUGGGAAAUCUCGCAUUCGAAUGCCAUGCAACAGUGGAUCGGCCCGCUGGUGCAGUUCAUCGUACCUAGUUUAGCCUUUUGCACCAACGUCCCACGCACCCACAAACUUGCUAUCCCGGAGAUCGUGUUCAAAGCCCAUCCGCGAACGAUCACCGGAUUUAUGACAUAUUGGAUCCGACUACUAGGCGCUGUUCUGCUCAUGACUCUCGACACGGUGGUCUGGCUUGGCAUCUGCUUCGCCUUCGCGGGUCCGAUGCUGUUGAGCGCUGUAUAUGAGUACGCGCUCGAUCGUAAGGUGCUGGAGUUCAUGGCCCCGCCCAAUGAUAGACCUCCGGCCAUGUCUUUGCGAUUAAGGGCUCAGUUACUAUUGUCUAUAGUCGUUGGGAAUAUUCGAAUGGCCAGCCUUGAGAAUGACGAACCGGAAGUUGAUAGUCGGCACCAUAGUACCGCUUCUAGCGAUUUGGAAGCGAUUCGACCCCUUGAGAAGCGCAUAACGAGUAAAUUGGUGCAUAAUAGUGUUUGGAAGCGGGUUAUGGUGUUGAUUGAAGAACACGAGGCGUCCAAAUUGAAUAGUCGAUAUCGGGGGGAGACAGUGUCUUUGUCAACCAAACUCAAGGCGCUUCUCAACUCUCAAGCGAGCUUCGGAUCAACAGUAGGGGCGCCAGUAUUAUUCUUCCUUGGCGGCUUCGUCUAUACUGUCCUAGACGCGGAUAAUACCCUAGGAGACAACGACACAGCCCAUGCCCUCGCGUUUGGCUUAUGGUGGAUGGUUAUUCCUUAUCUUGCCAUAAUCUCCUGUGCAAUGUUGGCAUCGAACAGUCCUAGCAUGCUGGAUGGCCUUGUAUAUGACGGCGGUACUGUUGCCACGGUAGAUGAGUACGAAGUGAGUAUCUGGGCACAACAUAUCAAGAAAAUCAAGUCAUAUAAGGGAAUUGGUUUCGUCAUAGGACGUCUUGAAGGAUAUAAUCCGAUUGAAACAGCUUACGAAGGCAGAUUUCGCACAGUUAAGCUAUGGAAACGGGGUCUCAACAAACGCGAAUGGGUUCAGGAGGCGAUUAGCGAGCACACACUUUCAUCUGACUAUCGGAGUGGCAACGGCAUAUCCCCUGAUGAGAUGCGAAAGGCCCUCUCGCUGACCUACCUGGAUUGUUUGUACGUCCUAAUCGGAGCCUUAUUCGCGGUGCUAGCGCCGUGCUGUCUAGCAUUUCUGACCUCUUACAAUACGCCCCAAGCCGGACUGUCCUGUCGCAGUCUGACCUAUCUUGUCUAUGCUAUUAGCCAAGUAUGUGAAAUGGCCUUAUGGAUAUGUGCCGCGAGGUUGAGGAUACGAUAUGGUACUCGGUGGUCGGAGACAAACCCUAUCGCAAAAAGGAUAUGCUGGUGGGGGCAAGUUUUCGUGGGAUUCUUUGCUGUAUUUGCGGCGGUGGGAGGUACUACUAUGCAGCUGGUAGGUGUUUAUAGAAGCUGCGCUUGCAAGGUACCGGUGAGAUAUUGGCCCAGGCUCCAUGACCCAAACGCAUACAUUGUGCUCAGCAAUAACACCACCGAAGACAUAGAGGCAGCGCAGCGCUGGUGGACAGUGACUGGGAGCACAGCUGUGGUGGUUGUUGGAAUUGUGUGUGCCCUUGCGUGGUGGCAUCAACGACGUCUACGAAAGAAGUUUCGAGAUGAAGCGGAUAAAUUGGAUAUUGACAAUGCAGGCAGUGAACAAGCCGCGCAAUGUUCAGAACCGUAG